AUGAAUUUAUUUGUAUACAUGGGCCUCCUACUUUAUUUCACAAAUUCCGUAAAAAGCCAAUCAUUGGUUUACAACAUACUUCAAGAUGUAGUCGAGAUGACUCCGACAGAUAAUUUAGGCUUCACCGACGGGGCCGAUGGACUUCCCGCAAAUAAAUUUGAGGAGACGAGCAAUGUCAAGGCAGAAUGCGAAUACCAAGAUUCUGUGAGCCUGAAAGAAGAUAUCGAAGAAAUUUAUUUUUCAGAUGACUCGUCGGUUUUUUUUGGCCAGUCUGGAAUAGAGAAGCGUGAUCCAUUUAAAGGUGCCAUUCAAAAAACAAGUAUUCAUACCGAUACGGACAAUGUUGAAGAUAUAUGCAGAGACGAAAUUUAUAUUCCCGAAAGUUUCAAAACCGAAAGUGGACAGAAGGGUGAAAAGGGUGAGAAGGGUGACAUAGGAGAGAAAGGUGCAAAAGGGGAAACAGGUGCUACGGGUACGAAAGGUGCUACUGGUGCCAAGGGAGAACCUGGUGAAUCUAUCAAAGGCAUUCAAGGACCUCAAGGUCCAAUAGGCCCUCAGGGUCCUAUUGGUUUACCAGGACGUAAAGGAGAAACUGGGGCAUGCCAAUGUUCGGAAAAUGUAGUUUCGACAUUGAUCAAAACAAUGCCCGAAAUGAAAGGCCCACCUGGUGAACCAGGACCUAGGGGGGCUGACGGAGAUGCUGGAGUUGCUGGUAAGACAGGACUUCCUGGAAUCCAAGGUGAAAGAGGUCCGAUGGGUCUUACUGGUGAUAAGGGUGAAAGAGGUGACGUGGGGAUUCCAGGCAAAGAUGGACUUCCUGGGCCUAAGGGUGAACCUGGAAAGGAUGGUGCUCUUGGACCACCAGGGCUACGAGGUGAUGUGGGUCCAGCUGGACCACCAGGGCUGCCAUGUGAGCGAGAAGAAAAAAGCAUGGUUCCUGUGGUCGGUGAAAAAGGAGACAGGGGCCCUGUUGGACCACCCGGUUUAAAAGGAGAAAAGGGUGAACAAGGGGAAAAGGGGACAACAGGCGAGCGAGGCUUAGUCGGAGAUAAAGGUGAUCGGGGAUACGAUGGACCACAAGGUCUACGGGGUGAAAAAGGUGAAACCGGAAAUCCAGGAUUAAACGGUGAAUCAGGAGUUCCAGGAGCUCAUGGAAGACCUGGAGAAAAGGGAGAUAAAGGAGCUACGGGAGAAAGGGGCGAAAAGGGAACACCUGCUAAGCUCUCCGAUAUACUAGAUGCAGCUCUGGAUCCCGUCGAAAAAGCUAUGAUCAUUGAAAAAUUGAAGGGUUCCAAAGGAGAACUGGGAAAAUCCGGAGAAAAGGGCGAGAAGGGUGACAAAGGGGAUAUGGGUUUUUCUGGUGCUCCUGGAGUAGAUGGUAUGCGAGGAUCACCGGGAGAAAAUGGACCUAAAGGCGAAAAAGGCGAUAUUGGUCCUAAAGGAUCGGAUGGGACAAAGGGGGCACAAGGCAAAAUUGGACCGCCAGGAAUUGUACCUUUAAACACAUUGAAGCGUAUGAAGGGACCUAAAGGGGAUCAUGGUGCACCCGGCUCGAGUGGUCCUCGAGGGCCCGUUGGACCAGGGGGAAAAAGGGGACCCGUGGGACCACCUGGACAAAAAGGCGCGAAAGGCGAUAUUGGUGCGCUGGGAGAAAGAGGUCCUGAAGGUGCACCUGGAGCAUCGGGUAUAAAAGGACAAAAGGGGGAAAGAGGAGAAAUGCCAGAGAUAAACUUGGAAAAGCUCAAAGGUGAAAAGGGUGAAACGGGAGCAGCGGGCACUCCUGGAGAGCCAGGAAAAAUGGGCCCACCUGGUGUUUGCGAAAAGAACAAGGAUAGCGUGCCUGUUUUGGGGCCACCUGGUCCACCUGGAUUACCAGGUCCACCUGGAUCACUUGGUCCCCCCGGGCCACCCGGUACUCCCGGCAUAUCUAUAUCAGGUCCAAAAGGCGAACCCGGUGGGAUUAUUUCCAGGAAGACGUUAUAUAAUUUUGGAGUUAAUACUGUUGACCCAGAUGAUGAUGAUGUAAUUUACGCUACAGAAACAAUGAUUUACAAAACAGCGCGAGGUCUUAUAAAAAGAACUAGUUCAACUCCGUUAGGAACUUUGGCCUAUGUUUUAGAAGAAAAAGUUUUGUUGUUAAGAGUGGAACAUGGCUGGCAAUAUGUAGUGAUGGGUUCGCUGUUUGAGAAAACCAUGUGGAGACCAAAAAACGAGGCUCUGCACAAAGUUAAUGAAGAACAGAGACGGAAAAAUUUUAUUCGGCUUGUUGCACUCGAUGUGCCAUUUUCGGGUAAAAUGGAGACUGCCACAAACCGCACCGGAAGGAAAACUGUCGAUCAGGAAUGCCACGUACAGUCAAAAAGGGCUGGCCUUACGGGCACGUUUGCCGCUUUCUUAGCUAACAAGGUGGAAGACUUGCGAUCUAUACUGAAGACUCCGGACAAAGAUGUCGCUGUGUUAAACAUUAACCAAGAUGUUUUAUUUGAUUCUUGGACCGAUUUGUUUAAUAAGGAAGGAACUGCAUCGAUUAAAGGAGAUAUUUACAGUUUUGGAGGAAAAAAUAUUCUUAUUGAUCCUACGUGGCGUUUAAAAGCGAUAUGGAGUGGUAGCGACACGCUCGGUGUCCGAUUGCCGAGCUCUUUUUGCCAAGAAUGGCAAAGUGACAACCCUGAUCACUUCGGUACCGCCAUUAAUAUUUAUGAUAAAAAACUGACGACACAAGAGAGAUAUUCAUGUGACAACAAGUUGAUAGUAUUAUGCGUUGAAGUCAGACCUAACAUUGUAAGACGGCAGAGGCAUAUAUCGCAGCGACGCAGCGCACAUUCACGAUCAGCAAAAGAUAGAAUUUGGGGC